AUGCCAUCCGAUAGCAGCACACCCAAAAAGCGGCGUCAGAGCUUGCUGUUCUCCGUCAAGUCCAUCUUCAAGGGCUCCAAGCCCUCCAAGCCGCACACAAGUGCCGGGCCUGCCCCCAAGUCACCAUGGAAUAGCAAUACGGCUGGAAGGCCGGAAAGCCUACCCACCAUCCACGAAGCCGUCCUGGACAAUGACAUCCCCGCGGUCGACAGAGUUCUAGCGGCCUUCCCGCAGAGCCUAGCUGAGACCGAUGACCAGGGCAUGACUCCCCUGGCCCUUGCCUUCCUCCACAACCACUUGCCUAUGGCAAGGCAUCUCCACACCGCGGGGGCCUCUCCCCUUCCCGAGCACAACAACGAAGAAUCGCUUGCCGGCUUCGCCGUCAUCGCCCAGAACCCGGGCUUCAUCCACUGGCUCGCCAGCUUCGGUCGGGCGGACCUCUUCUUCAACACGCCCGGUCCGGACGGCAACUACCCGCUCCACCAGGCCGCCCUCCACAAGAACGUCGACGUAGUCCGGGCCCUCCUAGAAGGCGGCGCGGACCCUAAUAUCCACACUAACCCAACCCCUGAUCCCACCGCCGAACCCACGACCAAGACGCCCCUGCGGAUCGGCACCCCCAUCUUCUACGUCCUCGACGGCAAAUGGGACUCCUCCCACUCCCUCGAAAACCCGCUUCGCCACCCUUCAGCUGCUCCUCCAGCACGGCGCGGCCCUUCGACACCCCGCAGGACGUCCAACGUCACCUCCAAGCUGCGGAAGGUCUAUCAUAUCUGGAAGGCCCCGCUACUUGAUCACCGCCCUGCUCCGCCCACCCCCGAGCCGCCAGCUACCGACAUCAUCAACCUGGGUACCAUCAGUGGCUCCCUAAACUGUGACCCCGCCCUCGACGCCAUCUCUCCCCUCAUGUACACUGCCGACACCGGCCGAGCUUGGCUCGUCCGCCUGGUGCUCGAGCGCGGCGCAGACCCGCACGCCACUAACGCGCUCGGCGAGACGGCCCUGCACUGGGCGGGCGUCAACGUCGCGGGCGCCGACGUCGACGCCGGCAACGACGGGGACGGGCCGGAGAUUAUACGCUUGUUGGUGCAGGGGUUUGGCGCCGAGGUGGAUGCGCGGUGCGAGACGGGCGAGACGCCGCUGCAUGGGGCGGCGUAUCGCGGGGUGAUGGCGAAUGUGAGGGCGUUGUUGGAGUUGGGGGCGGACGGCGGGGUGGUGGCGACGGACUUGCAUUCGGAGACGUUGGUGGGGGUGGGGGGGACUCCCGAGGAGAUGGCGAGGGGGGAGGGGGGGGCUCUUGAGGAGGGUUUGGGGGAGAGGGAUGAGCUGGGUUGUAGAGAAGUUCGGUACCGUCAACCGCCAUCGGUGGGCAGCAAGCUACUAGUCCAGGAGUGCGGAAAUGUCUCCCGGUCUCAUCCGCAGCGGAUGCAAGGCAGUGGGCAAAGCAUGCAUUUGGUUAUUUUCUUCAGUAAUACUCCUCUUGAAAAACGAGUUCGGGUACCAUGGUAA